UAACUACAGGCCGCGUGUCCAGCAGCUUGCUAGCUAGCAUCUUUGACUCUCCCUCUUCCUCUCCAUCUUCAUUUUCCUUCUUCCCUGAUCCCCCAAAUCAACCCUAAUUUUUGUCACCAGAGCCAUGAAAACUGAAGUGAGAGUAGGAAGCAGUACGUCAAUUGCUGCUUUACAGAGUCCGAGUCUCUUGAUAAACAAUACCACCUCUCAGGGCGCCUCCCUCACCGGCGCCCUCAGAGGAUGCCUCGGAAGCCUCGAUGGGGCUUGCAUAGAGAAACUCUUGCUUCACUGUGCGAGUGCCCUAGAGAGCAACGAUGUCACUUUAGCUCAGCAAGUGAUGUGGGUGCUUAACAAUGUCGCUUCUUCUGUUGGUGACCCUAAUCAAAGGCUCACCUCCUGGAUCUUAAGGGCACUGAUCUCAAGAUCCUCCAGAAUUUGCCCCAGUGUGAACAGCUUUAACGGAGGCGGGGGUUCUAACCCUAGCAGUAGUAAUACUUCUACUAGCACCACCGCGGCAGAGAGGAGGCUGAUGACGGUGACGGAGCUAGCCGGGUAUGUUGAUCUAAUCCCAUGGCACAGGUUUGGAUAUUGUGCAUCCAACAGUGCAAUUUUCCAGGCAAUUCAAGGGUGCUCAAAGAUACAUAUCUUGGACUUUAGCAUUACCCACUGUAUGCAGUGGCCUACUCUCAUAGAUGCUCUGGGAAAAAGACCAGAAGGCCCUCCUGAAUCACUUAGAGUGACUGUUCCCUCUUGUAGGCCUCUAGUUCCUCCUUUGCUCAAUGUGUCAAUUGAAGAGGUCGGUCUUCGUUUGGGAAAUUUCUCCAGGUUUAGGGAUGUCCCAUUUGAGUUCAAUGUCAUCGAAAACUCGUCUUCUUUCGAGUUGUUAUUGAGCCAACUGAACCCUACUUCGUUAAAUCUCGACGACGACGAGGCCUUGGUAGUAAAUUGCCAAAACUGGUUACGCUAUUUGUCCGAUGAUGAGGGUAGUUCUAACAGUGCUCGUAACACUUUCCUUACCAUGAUUAGAUGUCUCAACCCUAGAAUCAUCGUCGUCGUGGACGAAGAUUCCGAUCUAAGUUCCCCGAGCCUCAGUUCGAGAAUCACCACAUGUUUUAACUACUUGUGGAUACCCUUUGAUUCCUUGGAAACUUUCUUGCCCAAAGAUAGUAACCAGAGGAUGGAGUACGAGUUCGACAUUGGUCAGAAGAUCGAGAACAUUAUCGGUUUCGAAGGAGUCCAGAGAAUAGAGAGGCUAGAGUCUGGCGUGACGGCGUCGCAGCGGAUGAGGAACGCCGGUUUCUUGAGCUCGCCGUUUUGUGAAGAGACUGUAGGGGAAGUGAAGACCUUGCUCGAUGAACAUGCUAGUGGCUGGGGAAUGAAACGUGAAGAAGAAAUGUUGGUACUGACUUGGAAAGGACACAACUCGGUUUUUGCCACAGCUUGGGUACCAAAUCAAACUGGGUUACUGUUGGAGGAUUAAUUUUGGGGUAAGUUUGUGUGUGGCUUCAAAGUGUCUGAGAGGCAAAGACAAAGAACAAAGCACGUAUGGUUUGCUUUCUUCUCUAUUCGUCAAAAGCUGCAAAAGUUAUGAUCGAGCACAAGACAAGGCAGAUGAUCAUCAUCAUCUUGUGUUUGAAUAAAAUGUUUUUUCUAUUUCACGAGCAGGAGUACGUUUGUAUUGAAGCUCUGGGAAAGCUAAGAAAUAUGAUUCAUGAUUCACAUGGAAGGCGAAGAGAGA